AUGGUACACUCAUUGCUGAGGAUAAAAUUACACGGAAAGAAAAUGAUGAGAACUUUUGCUAUGCAGUAUGGGAAUAGUCCCCAUAGUGUUGAUGCUGACUGUAAGAAGUUCAGCAAAAUACUUGAAAUUAACCAAACGCGUGUUUCAAAAACAGUUGACGUUGUAACUUUUACCAAAGACGGUAUCAAUGAUAUAGAUGAAGAUAAGGAUUCAGUGGUAUUAGGAUUAUCUGAGCCAUUUGAAUUAAAUGAACGAGUUAAUACUAUUAAAUUGUUGAGUGAUAAUAAUAUUGAUGAUUAUGAUCCGAGUAAUUGUUUUACUUAUCAUUGGAGAAUUGUUUAUAAUAAAAAGGAAAGUCAAGGGGGGCUGAUAGUGGAAGAAUACCGAGCAUCACUUGCCGAUGAUGGAACAUUUAAAAUAAAUAAAGAGGAUGAAGUUAAUGAAAUUCCUUACGACUUAGAUUGUGUUGCUUCACCUUGUGCAUAUUUUCAAAACUCUGUAGCAAACGAACCGAGUGAUCUGAAUUUUUUGGGAAGUCCAGUAGUUUGUCCGUUGAAAAGUAAUCCUGAUCAAUUUAUACAGGCUGGUUUUGCAACAAACCUCUAUCGCUUGUAUCUUAAUGAAACUACAGGUGACAAAAAAAAAUAUGAGCACGUUAAAGGAAAUUUGGUUGAUUUUUUUCCAUUACAAAAAGAGUUUCAUUAUGCUACUGAUCAUGCGUUCGAUAACUAACAAUGAGAACGAUUACGAUACUAGUGUUGGAACAAUUAUUAUAAUAACAUAGGAAUUAUUAUAUUAACUUUAUAGAAAUUGUUUUGA